CUACCGGAAGCGCCCACGAAGGUGACCUAUUCAGUCAGCUGCCUGGCUCGCUUUUGUAACGUUUCGACACGCCAUUGGCUCGCACUCCGGCAGCGGCUGCGAUUGUGUGUUCCCACAGCAGUUUCUCUCGAGAUCCGGCGAAUACAGUGACAGAGCAAAGAGCAAGAUGGCGGCGCCGGGGGGAGAGAUUCAGACCAGCCUCAAUGGUUCCGUCGGAACCGAAGCUGCCAUAGCGCCCGAUCAGCAGAACCAACAGCAGCCACAGCAACCCCCUCCCCCCAAUGCGUGGCAGGUGAUUAAAGGGGUGGCAUUCAGAAUUUUCAUAAUAUGGGCCAUCAGCAGCUGGUUUCGAAGAGGAUCUGUUUCCCAAGACCAAACUCCUGGAACAACUGGAACACCAAGACCUCCAAGUCGCAACCUUUUCCCCCGGGAUACUCUCAUGGACCUUCAUGUGUUCCUCUCGGAGAGUGAGGUCUUCACAGAAUUUAACUCCACGACGGCUCUUAUUUGGGAGCAGAGGGAUUUGGUGUAUGGAGACUGGAGCAGCGGGGAGAAUGGAGAUGGCUGUUACGAGCAAAACUCUGAGGUGGUCAUUCCAGAGGGUGUCCAGAAUAAUGGUUCCUUCUACAUCCAUGUGUACUUAACGAAGAGUGGCUUUCACCCAGACCCAAGUCAGAAGGCUCACCACAGGAGACUGGCCACUGUGCAUACGUCUCGCAUGCUAAACAAAUUUAAACGUCGCCGAUUUCUCAAGACCAAAAACCUUCUGACAGGAGAGACUGAGGCAGAUCCAGAAAUGAUUAAGAGAGCGGAGGACUACGGUCCUAUUGAGAUCAUCUCACAUUGGCAUCCAAAUUUAACAAUAAACAUAGUUGAUGACCACACUCCGUGGGUCCAGGGCAGUGUACCUCCACCUCUGGACCAAUAUGUGAAAUUUGAUGCGGUCAGUGGUGAUUAUUACCCGAUAUUGUAUUUUAAUGAUUAUUGGAAUCUGCAGAAGGAUUAUAUACCUGUAAAUUCCAGCGUUACAACUUUGCCCCUGCGGUUAUCAUUCUGUCCCCUAUCCUUAUGGCGAUGGCAGCUGUAUGCUGCGCAGAGUUCCCGCAGCCCUUGGAAUUUUCUGGGGGAGGACCUCUAUGAGCAGUCCGAUGAGGAGCAGGACUCCGUAAAGGUGGCACUUUUGGAGACCAAUCCCUAUCUACUUGCACUGACCAUCACAGUGUCCAUUGUUCACAGCAUUUUUGAGUUCCUUGCCUUCAAGAAUGACAUCCAGUUUUGGAACAGUCGUCAGUCACUGGAAGGCCUGUCUGUGCGGUCAGUCAUUUUUGGCGUAUUCCAGUCUCUAGUGGUAUUGCUGUACAUAUUGGAUAAUGAGACCAACUUUGUGGUGCAAGUUAGUGUGGGCAUCGGUCUGCUCAUAGACUUCUGGAAGAUAACAAAGGUCAUGGAUGUCAAGCUGGACAGAGAGAACAAAGUGGCAGGAAUCUUUCCUAGAUUAACGAUGAAGGACAAGUCCACAUAUGUAGCGUCAUCCACGAAGAUCUAUGAUGAUAUGGCGUUCCGAUACCUGUCAUGGCUGCUGUAUCCUCUUCUGGGAUGUUAUUCGGUGUACAGCUUGCUGUAUAUGGAGCACAAGGGCUGGUACUCGUUUGUACUGAGUAUGUUGUACGGAUUCCUUCUCACAUUUGGUUUUAUCACAAUGACUCCACAGCUAUUCAUUAACUACAAGUUGAAGUCAGUGGCCCACCUCCCAUGGAGGAUGUUGACUUACAAAGCACUGAAUACCUUCAUUGAUGAUCUCUUUGCUUUUGUCAUCAAGAUGCCCAUGAUGUAUAGAAUUGGGUGCCUCCGAGAUGAUGUGGUUUUCUUCAUCUAUCUGUAUCAGCGUUGGAUUUAUAGAGUGGACCCAACAAGAGUAAAUGAAUUUGGGACAAGUGGAGAAACACCCGUUCCCCUGCCUGUCCAGGAAGGACUUGCGUCUCUUCCCCCUGUACCAGAAGACACUUCUCCACCUAAACCAGAUGAAGAUAAAAAGAAGGACUGAUUAAUUUCUCCUGUCCCUAUUCCCGUUCCCUUUAUGAACUGUACUGCCCCCUUUGGGGGGGUAAAUCGGCUGCUGUUUUAUAUAUAAACCCCUAUUGUUCCCGAACCCCUUGUUAAGGCGGUGUUUCCCCGUCUAUUAAUAUGUAUAUGGGACUGGUGAAGUAUGUCUUUCUCUGCCCGCCCCUUGCUUACUGUCUUCUAACCGUUCUCUCCCUUCCUUCUUCUGUCUUCCAACCUCUUUCUAGUUUCCCCUCCUUCUAUCCAAUUUCUUCUUGCUCUUACUCCCUCUUCGUGUCUUUCUCAAUGAUUCCGUUGUGCUGUGUCUCUCCCGUAAUUAUGACUCUUCAGUUGGGUCAACAAUGCGAAAACUGGGUUUAAUAAAUAUGGCCGCUCUUUAACUUUC